AUGUCGAGACAAUAUCUGGCGUGGGGCUCAGCAGAUAAUGCGCACCCCGUGGAUAUUUUUUCACUAGCAGUUACAGAUAAGCAGAUAUUGUCUGCCUCUGGAGCACCAUCUUUGAAGGUCCACUCGACCACAGAGACAGAUUUCCCGCUCGUUCAGUCUAUUGAUGGAGCUCACACACUGGGCUGCCACCAUGUGGUCACCGACGCGAAGGGCUCUCGCGCCGUCACUGCAGGAUUCGCAGGAGAUUUGAAGGUCUGGUCCUGUGAGGAUGGCUACUGGGCCGCAGACCAGAUUGCCUCAGCCAACCUGGCAAAUGUGAAAGUGUGGGCAAUCGCCUUAUCAGAUGAUGGCCGAUAUUUGGCCGGCGUGUCUCCAGAUGGCCGAGUGGGAGUAUGGGACCUGGGUGCAGACGGUACACAAAUACGAGACCAUGAAACAAAAGGCAGCUUUGGUACCUGUAUCGACCUGUCGCCCGAUGGUCGAUUGAUUGCCUCUGGACAUGAGAAUGGUGCCGUUUAUAUCUUUAACACUGAGACUGGCCGCAUGCCAUUCUCUCUGUCAGGUAUCGUGAAACCCGUUCGAGCGGUAGCAUUCUCACCCGGAAGUAAGAUUCUGGCUGUAGCUGGUGAUUCCAAGGUAAUAGUUCUGUAUGAUACAUCAUCUGGAGAACAAAUCGCAAACCUCUCCGGUCAUUCUGCCUGGGUAUUGUCUCUUUCUUGGAGCUCCACCGGAGAAUACCUUCUUAGCAGCUCAUUUGACGGAAAGGUUAAGGUCUGGUCAAUUGAUAGCAAAUCAUGUGUUGCCACCCAUUCAGAGACGGAAAAAGCAGUCUGGAGCGUCAAGUGGUUACCCAAGAAUGCGAAAUCCGAAGCCUUCGCCACUGCUGGUGCGAAUCGAAGCGUAGCGUUCUACCGCGAAGCUACUGGAGGUUAG